AUGAGCUUCUAUUCUCACAUGUGGAAGAUUCUGCAGAUAUUGGCAACUAUAAUCACGACUGUCACGCAAGAUCUGGACAGCCAGGAGACCUCUGAUGUCAUCAAAUCCUCCACCCCAUAUCCCAUGUUUUUUCCUGUAAGUUACCAGGUGUGGGAUGCAGACUACUUUCUGUUAAAAGAGGCGGGACAGGACAUCAUGAGGAAUUCCAGCAUGCAAAGUCACACACAGCCAAUUGUCAUUCUCCGGGCAGACCGUCACCCAAUGAUUAAUGCCAGCUAUAGCCUCUUCUCCACCAAACAGGAGAUCCCCUUGGAUUUAAUGCAGUCAGUGGAGUUAUUUCGACCCUCGCCACCAGUUUUCACCCUCAACUGGAGAGUGCAGUCUUUUGUGUUGACCCGAUGGGUCUAUUCAUCUUCUCCCAAAGUGCGAGUCCUCUUCUACGUGGCUGGAAGGGAUUGGGGCAGGGAGGAAAAGGUAAAAGGGAGUAAAGAUGAGCUGCCAUGUGUAAUCAUAUACGCCUUUUGGCAGACACAGGAAGUUCGUAGCUCUUGUGUCAUUGGAAAUAAGCAUGGAACCUGCAUGGCCGAGGUUGACAUUCCUGUGGCCUGGUUCAGCCCAGCUGAGAGCAGCUCCAGCCGCGAAAGACUGGGACCAUCCCAGGGGAACCCUGUGGAGCUUUACUACCAGGCCCGACCCAGCACUUUUGGGCCGUGCAGCGGCAGUGGAGAGGAAAGUAAAAGAUGGGACGUUGAAGGUGGAAAUGUAGGGCAGCCCCAGGUUGCUGUGACCCCCAUGCAAAGGAUUGGGAGUGUGCGCCUUCUACAGGUCAAACAGGGGGCCGCACCAGUGUCUGUCCUUAGAUUGGGAGAGGCUGUGGUCAUCCAGACCUCCUCUAAACCACUUAAGAAGAAAGAUUUUGCAUCAUUUUAUGUUUACAUGAGGAGCUCAGCCAACCUGGACACAUUUUCCCUCAGGGCCAUGGUAAAAAAGGGUGUCUCUUUUCGCAUAGCCACACCCAGCAACACGCAGCUGUGGGAAAUCAUAUUGGAUAAAGGACCAGAUGGAAGUGUUGGAGUAAUCUGUCAGAGAAAGUCAAGUACAGUUGGGAAAAGAUUAGGUAAACUACAAGCAGUUUUACAAAUGGAUUUUGAAGUGGAGGACGUCAGCGGUCAAUCUGAGAUUCAGGUGUUAAAGUGGGAGUUGACACUUCCUGAUGAUGUCAGAAAGAUGGGCGUGUCAGAAGGCACAAUGAGGAUCUACACCACUCAGAGGGACUUUGUAGGCCUGGCUUCUCUAGUUAUGGACACAGAGCUGUUGAACACUGCGGUGUUGACCGGUAAGAGAGUGUCGGUGGCUGUGAGAACUGUUGCUGUUGAACAGGACGGCUCUGUGAUGGACGUCUCUGACUUGACUGACUGCAGCUCUACAGAUGAAGAUGUACUGAAGGUAUCUGACAGAUGUGACUUUGUCUAUGUGAAUGGAAAAGAAACCCAGGGGCGUUUGAGGACGCUGGUGAACUUCACCUACAGUUACAUGAGCGCCCAGCUGGAGAUGAAGGUGUGGUUUCCACAGCUUCCACUGGAUAUAGAUGUUUCUGAUACAGAGCUCAGUCAGAUCAAGAGCUGGAGAAUUCCCAUCAUCUCUACUAAGAGUAAACCAGGCUGGAGCAGUGAGGAAGAGCCUAAGGGCAGAGGAUGUAUGCUUCAGUUCCAGCAUGCUUUAGUUCGAGUCUUCACCCAUUUUGUAGCAAAGCAUCCGGACCCUCGGGAACCCCAAGCCUUUUUCCUUGGCUCUGACUGGCAGGUGGAUGUGACCAAGCUGGUGCGGUACUUCUUGAAGGUGGAGGAUCCUAAUAUUGCCCACUUGCAAGCAGGCAGGGUUUUGUCUGGAGUAGAUGUGGGCACCACAUCUUUAAAGGUUCUUUCUCCUCUGUCUGACUCUAUACUGGCAGAGAAAACAGUGAGGGUUGUGGAUGAUCGAGUGACCAUCACUGAAUUGGGACUGCAGUUGGUCAGUGGUCUCACGCUCAACCUGAAGCUCAAUACAGGAAGUAACAGAGUCAUCAGCGCCACAACUACCACACAAGAAGUGCUAACCAAUCUUAAACAGGAGGCAGUGUUGAGUUCCUGGCUUCAGUUUAGCGAUGGCACCUUCACACCUCUGGAUAUUUAUGAUCCCUCUCACUACCGCCUCACUGUGACAUCACUGAAUGAAGGUGUGAUCUCCGUCCAGGACUUCGUUGUAGCAGAAGGUGAAGGUCAAGGAACACUGGUGAGAGCCGAGAUGACCAUUUGUGAGGUCUGUCAAAAAUCCAAGCGCAAAAGCACUUUAGCUGUGGCCAAUGUCAGCCUAACUGUUAAGCUUCAGACAAACACCAAACGUCCUGUAAACAGCAGCACCAAUAAUUAUGAAUUCAUUACAAACACUACUGGAAGCAGCACAAGACCAUUUGCUGGUGUUACUGGGACAGUCAACAGCUUUGAGGGUAGUAAUGAAGAAGAGACGGUGGACGUUGAGAAAAAGUUAAAGCAGCCAGAUCAGGUUUCAAAUAGAAGUUCAGAAUCUGAUCGAGAGGAAAGCGCUCUGAUGAAGAUCACCACCACAGCUCAAGACUCAACUUCUGGAAACAUUGCAAAUGAUCUUGGAAUGGGACGUGCUAAUGACGCCUCUGUCGGAGUCAGCAAACCUGGGAAUAUUCUAAACGGUGGAGAUUUCUUGAGUACGGGAAAAGCAGAUGUUGAUCCUGGUGCAGGAAGUCCUUGGAAUACUAAUAAAGUUCCUGAUGUCUCAAUGGUAAGCACUGGAAAAGCCUCUGGGAACUUGGUCAAUUACAAUAACUACCCACCACAAGUGGAAAUUCCCAAGCAGAAGCCAAUAAACAACGACUAUGGAGAUUAUGAUGAUGAUAUUGAGGAACCACUAAACCGGCCUCUUACGGACCUGGAAAUUGGGAUGUACGCUUUACUAGGUGUCUUCUGCUUGGCCAUCAUGGUAUUCUUGAUUAACUGCGUGUCAUAUCUGGUCAAGUUUCGGAACAAGCACACACACGCACAGAUUUCCGAGCACCCUGGCCAUCGGCAUGACUGGGUAUGGCUGGGAACAGAUGCCGAGUUAGUCAUGAAUGUCACUGGAAGUCCUUUGCAACAGGACACUCAAAACACAUCUGUGAUUGACAUUGCACCGAGCACAGAUCCUGUUGGGACUCUCACUCGAAGGAUGUCCUGUCAGGUAUCUUCAGUAUCCAAUCACCCUAGUGUUGGGAACACUGGAUCACUCCGAACAAAACAAGUAAGGAGAGAUUCCCUACACUCACCCACUAGCAAGAGGAAAAGAGUCCAGUUCACCACCUUCACAUCAUUGGAAAGACAAAACUCUACAAAAACAUCACCACAAGGGAAUGGAUAUGGCAUUAACUGGGUGGGAAAGGAGGAACGUUGUAUCACACCUGAGGUGCCACCUACUGAAUCUCAUGAACAGCUGUGAUUGCUGGAUCAGAUUCAGCCAGAUGUUUGCACCCAUGGUGUAUAUCUUAAUAUGGUCACCUGAAUGCCUUUUGUUUUAGGAUGUUGUUCUGUGCUACACAGUGAAGAGGAUUAAGGCCAAGAUACUGUUAUCAAUACAGCUUCAUUUGGCUCUUAUAUUGGCUAAUGGUGUGACUUUUUAUUUGUGAUUAUAUUUGAACAGCUCAAACUAACCACCUUGAGGUGACUAGUACAUGUGUACUGUACACAUUUGUCAUAGAGGUAUUUAUUGAGGGAUUUGAACAUGUGGAUGGCACUUCUGUUUAUUACUUGUUCAUCCUUCC